CACUUGAAUAUAAAAUGAAUUUGAAAUGCCUAUCAGUUUUUAACUUUUGAGUUAGUGGAUCAUCUCUAUCAAGUUAUUGUACACAUUCAACAAGAAGUCUAGAAUUUCUUAAAUCAUAAUUUUGCUCUAAUGGAUGACAUUUUUCUUUCACCCUUUUCUUUGACUUAAGACAUUAGUAUCACAUUACUAACUUGUUUUACAUGUUUCUAGGCGAAUCCCACCUUGUAUGGAUUCACAAAAUUAUUGUUGAGUUCCUUACAAGUUUGUAAAUAGCUCUAUUCCAUGAAUUUUUCCAAAUGACUUUGUACCAUCUUAAGUCUCAUGUCGUCAAUUUGGGCUAUUUACGAUGCAACUUUAUCCAAGGGCAUCAAUCUUUAUGCUAGGCAANAUUUAAAAAGCAAAGACAUAGAACAUAUUUAAUGUGA